AUGUCUCUCUCCUUGGUUGCUCCAACAACCUUUGCUCUGAAGCUAAAGAUCCACUGCAAUGGUUGCGAAAAGAAGCUGAAACAAAUGCUAUUGAAAGUGCAGGGAGUGCAUUCCAUUCGGGUGGAUGCAAAGCAGGGGCAUGUUCUCAUUACUGGCACGGUUGAUCCUCCCACGAUUCUCACGAUGCUGGAGAAGCUAGGGAGAAAAGCCGAGCUGCUGUGGGAGCAAGGCUCUCCCGCCCCUUCUCCCGCUUCUCCCACCACUGCCACGGAACGUGGUAAAGAUGUGGAGAUUGUAAUGCAAUCGUUGAAGGGGAUCAAGCCCCUGAGUUAUCAGGACAUCAUGGAAAACCCGGAACAGUUGUCUGAAAUUCCAGGGUUGCAAACUGUGGAGGUGACCAGCACAAUAAAGUUCAGUUUCAAGAAUGGUAGUGUUACAGAGAUUACCAGUACCCGGGAUGACAUGCAGUCUGUGCAGAGAUCUAAACCCCUCGUGCUCCCUCCUCCUAGCCCUCAUGGCCAUCACGCUUGUUGCUUUCAUGGCAAUGGAUAUUUCGGGAGUUGUGGUAUGAACAGCCCGAAUAACUACUGUCACUGGCAGUCACCGGGUGUAGCCUUUGGGGGCAAUGCUUCUCCACUAGGACCAGUCCCGCCAUGGGAAUUUGGUUUUCCAUCAGCACCUCCCGUGCCAUCUGAUUAUGAACCAUCAGCACGCCCAGCACCCUCACCGCCUCCACAGCCAGCACCGGUCAGGGCUAAUACAUACCCCAGCAUGUUUAGCGAUGAAAAUCCUAACAGCUGCACAAUUAUGUAA